UGUUUAACUGCCGAACACUGAUCUAUUACCACUAACAAGGAAACGCUUAAAAAAAAAGAACUUCCUGAUUCAUAUUUUUAAAAAUAUAUGGACGACCAUGAUGACGGGCCCAAAAAGUCUCUUCCAAAAUCAACUAACGUCGUAAAUAAGCGUGCGCGUCCUCAAACGAAAGGUCCGGAUUAUCGGUUGUACCAAGGCGUAAGAAGACAAUGGGAUGAGUAAAUGGCAAGGGAAAAUAUCAUCAAUCACGAAUCACGUUUCACUCCUGAAGACGGAGAAUCAACCUGUCCGCCAGAAACGCAAAUAGCUGAGAGCCUCGAUGUUGUCAUCAUGAGUAUUACAGGAGAAAUAUUAUUCAGUUAUAAGUUAAAGUGGGAGUUUUUGCUCCUUUUAGGACUUUUGACUUUUAAAUUGUGCAACCCUAGACAUGUCAAAGCAGAUGAAGGAGGCACGGUACAACUGCGUUUCAGCUAUCCGUGCAAUGCGAAAGAUUUGUCGUUACAGUAUAGCAAUCGUCUUCCGUUUUACCGAUUAGAAGACUCCAUAGAAUUUUUAAAUCUCAGGCCCGAUCAGAAUUAUAGGUAUUCCCUCGAAAAUGAUACGGCGAAGAAAACAUUUCCCAAUCGUUGUUCACUUCUCUUGAUUAUCGAACCAGUAAGUCGGGAUGAUGAGGGGACAUUUAUUUUAUUUGCAGAUAAAUUCACGUACAUGACAAGAGUCGGACUGCGUGUACCCUCCCUACCAGGCCCUGGUCCAGCACAUUGUGAUUUGGAUGGAUAUCAUUUUGCAGGACGAUGGCUAAAGCUGCAGUGUACAGCUCGGGCAGGUAGUGAUAAAGGACAGAUUCAAUGUUACCAAGACAGUAUCAUGAUGCCUCCAUUGAAUAGACCGUUUGAAACUUGGGAGAAUCUGCAACAAACAAUAUUGGUAAGGCAGAUCGAACAAGAAGUAUUCUGUUGUUCGUCACCUUUAGGAAGACCCAAAGACAAAUGCGAUUGUCGAGAUUUUGUCUGGAGUCCCAGCUCUAAAAACGAGUCAAGAAUCAUAGGACCCCUAUGUUCAUCGACUACUAUGACUGCCCACAAGGAAUUGGUAUCCACAGAGGAAACUGUAGAUGUAACAUCAAUGACCACAGUAAGCGCAGGUCACAAACUUCACGGUGUUACUAAUAAUAUUCACACAGGACGUAAACGCUCAAAGUCUUUUCUCGUCACGUAUUUUUUAGUUAUGGGUGCAUUUUGUCUGCUUUUGAUUUUGCUCCGUCUUGCCAUUUAUCUGAAGCAGUCGGACAUUAGUCUUAGCCUGUCGCAUGUGUGACUGAGUCAUGUUACGUACAGUCACAUAAACAUCACCAGUGAUAUGUCAAUGGUGACAAUGUCUAAACUUUUGUCAGUCUAGAGUCGGUUUCGUCGACGAGACAUAGGCUCGUAUUCUGAAUUCUGGGGGCCGUUUCAUAAAGAUGUUCGUAAGUUAAGAGCGACUUUAAGAACGACUGGUGAACCUUUCUUACGCGCUAAACCAUCGCCAAUGGUGUAUACCAUUUACCAAAAGAAAGGAUCACCAGUCGUUGUUAAAGUCGCUCUUAUCUUACGAAAAGCUUUAUGAAACACCCACCAGGUUUGGCUUAGACCACGGUCUUACCAUGCUUACUCUAAGCUAAAACUAUGAGGAGCCAAAAAUUAAUGAAUCUGUUCAUAUUGUUUAUCUCUUAUGUUUACUAUUUUGUUUCCUGUUGUUAUGGACAAUUUGUGUGUCAAAUGAGUUAAUAAAUUGUAUGUGUUAUGUUAGGGAGUAUGCCCCGAUUGGCUCUCCAUAGUUAAAGCACAACUUUAAACCAGGGUUUAAUUUAAAUUCGAGUUCAGAAUACGGGCCAUAGUGUGUAAGCUUUUUGUUGGACGUGUAUCAAUCAGAAUCAGUUACUUUUCCGAUCUCAGAUUUGUAAUAAAACAAUUUCAAUAAUAGUUAAAAACAGAAACACGAUAAUCAUAUUCCAAUAUAUUAAAUAUCGGAUGUGAGACAUUUUGGGGCUAAAGAAGAUUCGACAUUUUUUCUGGAUUUAAUUUUUCGUUAUAGUAAUGCUUAUUUUUGGUUCGAGGUCCUUCAUAGUAGAUCUAAUAAAUAUUGUUAUAUCUAUUAGAUAUUUUAGUAUUUUUAAUUUGUAAAUAACGUUUUCGUAUUUAUUACAUUUUCUUUGAAAUAUUACAGAACAUUUUAUAUGUCCCUUUAUUAAUUUUGUACAGUUGUAGAGUUCGAUGAUGCUCAAUCAUUUGACAAGGAAACUAACUAUAUGCCAAGUAGAGUAUAUUGUUCAUGUUGUUGUUGGAUGAAUGAAUAUAAUUUUUGAACGGGAGUCAUUCCCCUCGUUCUCUUCUAUGAGUCAAAUAACUGAACAUUAUCUUAUUACUAUGUUCUUGCAAACCUUUCUGUGCAUGUUAGAACGAAACUAAAGGGAAUGCUUUCUCCAUGCUACAAAAAUAAAAUUUGAGUAAAAUAUGAAAAAAAAAUUACACUACAUAAAAAUAAGAUGAAAAAUAAUAAAAUUACUGGGUUUUAAAGUUUGCACUAAAUAUUUAGAUGUUAGUUGAUCGUGAUAAAUACAGAAUAAAAGAGUUCAUGAUUUCACAUCGCCACUCAUCUUUUGAUUUUAUGAUAUGAAAUCUUAUUCAUUUCAAGCUUAUUUCAUAAUAUAAACAGCAAUGGUGAUCUUAAACAUGAAAUGUCACAUCAUUUAAUUUUUGAAUGCCUGGAGGAGAAAUAUCAGAAUGGGCAUGAUGGGUGUAAUUCUAAUUAAUAAAAUGCGAAAGUAAAACAGU